AUGGAACGCGCUGAUUCUUGGCCGGUGGCCCAAUCCGUGCCCGACACGGAGGCCGGGGCUGGCAUCGACAUCGGUGACCUGGGAGAGACGCUGGCAUUCCUGCGAUGCUUCGACACCAUCUUCCUCGUCGACGACUCGGCGGCGAUGGGACCCUACUGGGCCGACGUCAAGGCCCUGCUGGAGCGCAUCGCGCCCAUAUGUGCCAAGUAUGACCCGGACGGGAUAGACCUGUUCUUCCUGAACCACCGGCCAAAGGGCCUGCUGGCCAACAUGUCGUUCCGAAAGUCUGGCUAUCGCAAAAUCGGCGGCAACACGGCCGACACGGUGGCCGGCGUCUUCGAGCGCGUCAAGCCCGGCGGGAAGUGCAACAUGGGCGCGCGCCUGACGAAGCUGUUCCACUGGUACCACGGCAUGCUGAAGCAGGACGAGGAGGGCGCGGCCCUGAACCUGAUUGUCAUCACGGCCGGAGCCUUUGACGAUGACAUCAAGGCCCCGCUGGUCCACGUCGCGAAGCAGCUGGACGAGAUGGGGGUGCCGGAGCACCAGGUCGGCAUUCAGCUCUUCCAGAUCGGCAAGCCUACGCUUGAGACGGCGCAGAUGUUCGAGUACCUGGAUGACCAGCUGCACAAGGAGGCUCACACGCGGGACAUCGUCGACACCACCACGUGGACGGGGAAGCCGGGUUCGUUGUCCACAGACGACCUGCUGAAGGUCGUGCUGGGCGCGGUGGUGAAGAAGCUGGAUGAGCGCAGCAAGGGAAUGGAACUCAACAGCUCCUCUGCUCCAGCCAGGCGCUACGAAAACUGA